UUGGACCCCCAUCAACACAGGCGUGCAAAAAGGAAGUGGACAAAUCCAGCUAUGGCAAUUUCUUCUGGAGCUGCUGUCUGACAGCGCCAAUAUGACCUGCAUCGCCUGGGAGGGGACCAAUGGAGAAUUUAAACUGAUAGACCCGGACGAGGUGGCCAGACGCUGGGGGGAACGCAAGAGUAAACCGAACAUGAACUAUGACAAACUGAGCCGAGCUCUGCGCUAUUACUACGACAAAAACAUCAUGACCAAGGUGCACGGAAAGCGCUACGCAUACAAAUUUGACUUUAACGGCCUGGCGCAAGUGUGCCAGCCCUCCUCAACCGAACAAGCUAUUUACAAAUUCCAGAGCAACUUCACUCCCAUCCAAUUUUCAGGCAUUUCCAAACUCAGUCUGGUUGCUCCAGGUGCUGGCCCGUCGGGGUUCUCAUACUGGCCCGGAUCUCCCCCGACCCUCUAUCACAGCCACAACCUGCAACCGCCAGGACCCUUCGGUGCCGUGUCUGCGUCACAUUUAAGUUGCGUUAACAAUAUCAACAGUUUAAAUAACCUAAAUAAUAUCAAUAAUCACUAUAACUGAUUUUUUUUUAAAUUUGCCUCAGGAGUGCGC